AUGAAGGAAUCUUUUGAGAACGACGGAUACGAUCCUUAUUCUAUCCGCCGUGUAGCAACAUACAUUAUCUUUGGGGUUGGCAUUCCUUUGAUUCUUGUGGCCAUUUAUUUCGUCUUUUCUCUGGUGAGAAAUGAUCACCAUGCUUCUGUCUGCGUCAUCAACAUUAUGAUUUCCGACCUCAUUCAGCUCUGCUCUUUGCUCAUCUGUGAGGUAGCACCUUGGCUGUCCAUCGCCUUGCUUACUCAUGAAAUCAGUGUGCUGGCCAGUGUUGGCUUCAUGGUGUGUCUCGCACUGGAGAGGUAUUUGGUGAUCGCCCACCCACUGUGGUACCGUUACAAACGAUCCAUAAAUCUCACCGUGCUGGUCCGUCUCGUGGUCUGGGCCAGUUCUAUUGUUAUUGUCUUGUCAUAUGGUUUUAUGCUCAUUGCUUUCCUCCUUCCCUUCCCGCUGCUUAUUUUCUUCCUGGUUGGGACCCUCAGAGCCCUCUCCUCUUCUGUCUCAGUCCGCUCUGAUGAAAAACAACGAAUUGUGGGAACUUUAGUCCUGGUUCUGCUCAUGUACACACUGUUGUUUCUGCCCGUCAUCAUUUAUUUCAUGCCAAAGGUAAUCUAUAAUGACACUCUGUACAUCCUGGCUGACAUUUGUCUAAGAUUGCAUCCUCUUACAGACUUAACCCUGUAUGUUUUCAUGAGGAAAGGGACCAUAGAUAGGUGUUUAACCCGUGUGUGUUGUUGCAGAAUGGAGAGCAGUGAUACUGCAACAACAGUCAGUGGUAGAAGUACAUCUUCUAUGUAUGUCUAA